AUGUCCGUUUUCUUCAAAGACAUAUCCGAAGACAAUCCCGUGCAGCAGGGCCACGUCGAGCGAAUCCUGCAGCCCCUGGGCUUGACGAUCAAAGCUGACGAGUCGGCCGACUACCAGAGACUGCUCGCCGCGGUUCACGACUGUGCCGCUCGCAUCGAUAGUCUCCCCGACUACCAGCCGGUGCCUGAUCUCAAGAAGUAUCCCCGAGAGAACGUGCAUCUCCCCACCUCGGAAGAACAACAAUUCGGCCAUGCCUGGGCAUACCGAUUCCUGAUCCGGGGCGACAACUCAACCGGUAGCUCAUCACCAGUGUCCCUCGAGGCGAAAAGCGUCUGCAUCAAGGAUUGCAUAGCUGUUGCCGGUGUUCCCCAGUUCUACGGAAGCGACGCAUUUCCUCCAUGGACCCCUUCGACCGACGCGACUGUGGUCACACGGGUUUUGGAUGCUGGCGCUCAGAUUGUGGGCACGGCGACAUGCGAGCACUUCUGCAACUCGACGGCAUCUUUCACGAGCGCCCAGGGGACCAUUGAGAACCCGUACCGAGAGGGCUAUUCCACGGGUGGCAGCACCUCUGGUGGCGCAGCCCUCGUGGGCUCUGGCACGGUGGACAUCGCGCUCGGCACAGAUCAAGGAGGCAGCAUCCGUGUUCCCGCAUCCUUCUGCGGGUGCGUGGGGCUGAAGCCGACCCACGGUCUGGUGCCUUUCACGGGCAUCACGAGCGGAGAUGCAAUCGAUGACCACGCCGGAACCAUCUGCCAGUCUGUCUUUGAGACUGCACAAUGUCUUGAUGCGAUAGCGGGCUAUGACAUGGUAGACGACAGGUCUCUCGGCGCAGCCACUCACGGGUCAUUUGGCUACUCUGCGGCUCUCGAGUCAAGUUCUGGCCGAUUGGACGGGAUGAGGAUUGGCCUUUUGAGAGAGGGCUUCCAGCACGAGAUUGUUGACGCCAGAGUCAGGAAUCAUGUUCUCGCUGCCGCUCGGAAGCUGGAAUCACUGGGAGCGACCGUCGAAGACGUCUCGGUUCCGCUCCACAAGGAGGGACCGUCAAUCUGGACGAUCCAGCAGCGCAUCUCAGGAUCCUCGAGCAUCCUGGGCAGGGCUUCCGGACGACGGGGCCUCGGCCUGACCGAGUUUGAAAAGGCGCGGUUGCCUUGGACCGACGCGCGCUUCCAGAAGCUCUUCCCAUCAACCAAAAAUACCGUCAUAAACGGCUUAUAUCUAGCCGAUAAAUUCCCCGGGCUCUACAGCAAGACGAUCAACAUUGGCCGGCAGAUCAGUGCUGCGUACCAAGCGGUCUUUCAGGACUACGACGCCAUCAUCAUGCCAACGACACCAUUCCUGGCACCACGACAUGGCACCAGGGACUCUGUCCUUGGCUCGUUUGAGCCCACAAUAGGCCUGACGACGAACACUGCGGUGUUCAAUGUGACUGGCCACCCUGCAAUGUCCAUACCCGUAGGCUUCUUGCCCGCGGCAGAUGACGCUGAAGUGCAGCUGCCUGUUGGUAUGCAAAUCGUGGGUGGGCUGUGGGAGGAGAAGAAAGUCCUGGAAGUAGGGCAUGCCUGGGAGACAAAUUUUGACUGGAAGAGCUUGCGGACCGACGAUACGGUAUGCAAACCUGUUUCCGACCCAUCACGGACGGUCUGUGGCGAGGAGGGCACAGUGUCCGGAUUCGAUGUUGCAACGUCACCGAGCUCAAAGCGGGUGAAGCUUGCGGCUUGA